CAAGAAGGGAUUUGCUCUACAAUUUACCCUACAUAGAGACAGUGACUAAAAUGAUUCGGGGGAGAGGGGCAAAAUGAUAUUUACUUUUCCUACGCGUAGAGUGUCUCUGAUCUCUUCGACUGACAGCACCGACCAGAGGAAAUGAGUCUCACCUCUAGGAGUGAGACUGCAAGAGAACUUACUUUCAAAGAGGGUCUCACUGUAAUUGUCCUAAAUAGAAGGAAAGGUUGUGAAGGCGGAGCUUGCUAGUGAACCCGCGCCACCCAGAAGUUUCAGUGAGAGUUUCCUAAACUUCUAGCUCUCACUCGCGUUCUGACGACCCCGGAAGGGUGAUCGCCCAUUCAAUGGAAUGCAGAUGUCCCUUUAAGGUUUGACUCCCUCUCAGUGGACUUUAGCCUAAACACGGACUGGAAGCUUGCUUUAUUUGUACAUGAGCACAGACUCUGGGAAUCAGCCAGUUGCGAUUUCAAAGACUAAGAACGAAAAGGGAGGGGCGAUGUGGCAAUUCAUCUUGGAUGUAAAAAGCGUGGAGAGGACUUAGACUUUUGCCGAAAACACAAGAAAUCACCCUCGACCGCUGCCGCCGCUGCCGCCGCCGCUCGGAGAGCUAGCGGAGUAGUUCAGAGGCAGCGCUCCGGCCACAGUUUGUUCAAAGCAGCCUGCGGCGUGUCCCAGCUGAGAGAGCGAGCCCUAGGGAGCCUGCCCUGCCUCUCCUGCCCGUGCCAGGCCGGUCAUGGCCCGCCAGCGCUGCACCAGCCCAGGUGUCGCUGUCGCAUGCUGGUUGCUUGCCGUGGUCUUGGGCUUCUGUGUAUCCUUCAAUGUGGAUGUGAAAAAUGCAAUGACCUUCAGUGGCCCAGUGGAGGACAUGUUUGGAUAUACAGUUCAACAAUAUGAAAAUGAAGAAGGCAAAUGGGUGCUCAUUGGUUCUCCACUGGUUGGCCAACCCAAGAACAGAACUGGUGAUGUUUAUAAGUGUCCAGUAGGGCAAGGAGAAUCGUCGCCAUGCAUAAAAUUGGAUCUCCCAGUUUAUACGUCAAUUCCGAAUGUCACGGAAGUAAAGGAGAACAUGACGUUUGGAUCCACUUUAGUCACUAACCCAAAAGGCGGGUUUCUGGCCUGUGGACCUUUGUAUGCCUACAGAUGUGGACAUUCACAUUAUACAACGGGCAUCUGUUCGGAUGUUGAUUCCAAAUUUCAGGUUGUGAACUCCAUUGCACCAUCUGUUCAAGGAUGUAGUACCCAACUGGACAUUGUCAUAGUGCUGGAUGGUUCUAACAGUAUUUACCCCUGGACAAGUGUUACAGAUUUUUUAAAUAGUUUACUUGGGAAAAUGGACAUUGGUCCCAAGCAGACCCAGGUUGGAAUCGUACAGUAUGGUGAAAAUGUGACCCAUGAAUUUAAUCUCAACAAAUAUUCAACGACUGAAGAAGUGCUCAUUGCAGCCAACCAAAUAGUGCAGAGGCAAGGGCGCCAAACAAUGACAGCUCUUGGAAUAGAUACAGCAAGAAAAGAGGCCUUCACUAAAGCCAGGGGUGCUCGAAGUGGAGUUAAGAAAGUCAUGGUGAUUGUGACUGAUGGAGAAUCUCAUGACAACCAUCAGUUGAAUAAAGUCAUCCAAGAAUGUGAAGAUGACAACAUCCAGAGAUUUGCCAUAGCUAUUCUUGGCCACUAUAACCGAGGGAAUUUGAGCACUGAGAAAUUUGUGGAAGAAAUAAAAUCAAUUGCAAGUGAACCUACUGAAAAGCAUUUCUUCAAUGUCUCUGAUGAAUUUGCACUAGUCACUAUUGCUGAAGGCCUGGGAGAAAGAAUAUUUGCCUUGGAAGCCACAACUGACUUGUCAGCAGCCUCAUUUGAGAUGGAAAUGUCCCAGACUGGAUUCAGUGCUCAUUAUUCACAGGAUUGGGUUAUGCUUGGAGCUGUUGGAGCCUAUGACUGGAAUGGAACAGUUGUCAUGCAGAAAGAUAGUCAAUUUAUAACCCCAUCAAACAGUUCCUUCAAUGUUAAAUCUACUAAGAAAAAUGAACCACUUGCUUCCUAUUUAGGUUAUAUGGUGAACUCUGCCACUAUUCCUGGAGAUGUGAUCUACAUCGCUGGGCAACCCCGCUAUAAUCACACAGGUCAAGUCAUUAUCUAUACAAUGGAAGGUCAAGAAAUCAAGAUUCUCCAAACCCUCAGUGGAGAACAAAUUGGUUCUUACUUUGGCAGUGUUUUAACAACAAUCGAUGUUGAUAAAGACUCCUUCACUGACAUCCUUCUGGUUGGUGCUCCCAUGUAUAUGGGAACAGAGAAAGAGGAACAAGGAAAAGUGUAUGUGUAUGCUUUGAAUCAGACUAGGUUUGAAUACCAGAUGAGCCUGGAGCCCAUUAAGCAAACUUGCUGUUCGUCCCUCAAGCACGAUUCCUGCAAGAAGAAAAACAAAAACGAGCCUUGUGGGGCUCGUUUUGGAACAGCUAUUGCUUCUGUGAAGGACCUCAACCUUGACGGAUUUAAUGAUAUUGUCAUUGGAGCUCCCUUAGAAGAUGAUCAUGGAGGGGCUGUGUACAUUUAUCAUGGAAGUGGCAAGACCAUAAGGAAAGAAUAUGCACAACGUAUUCCAUCAGGUGGAGAUGGAGAGACACUGAAAUUUUUUGGCCAGUCUAUACAUGGAGAAAUGGAUUUAAAUGGAGACGGAUUGACUGAUGUGACCAUUGGAGGCCUUGGUGGUGCUGCCCUCUUCUGGUCUCGAGAUGUAGCUGAAGUUAAAGUUACCAUGACUUUUGCACCCAAUAAAGUGAACAUUCAAAAGAAAAACUGUAAGAUGGAAGGAAAGGAAACAGUAUGCAUAAAUGCUACAAUGUGUUUUAAUGUCAAGCUAAAGUCAAAGGAAGAUACAGUUUAUGAAGCUGAUCUGCAGUACCGAGUUACACUAGACUCAGUAAGACAGAUAUCACGAAGUUUCUUCUCUGGAACACAAGAAAGAAAAAUUCAAAGAAACAUCACAGUCCGUGGAUCAGAAUGUAUUAAGCAUUACUUCUACAUGUUGGACAAGCAUGACUUUCGGGAUUCGGUGAAGGUAUCUUUGGAUUUUAAUCUUUCAGAUCCAGAAAAUGGGCCUGUGCUUGAUGGUGAUCUGCCUAACUCAGUACAUGAAUAUAUUCCCUUUGCAAAAGAUUGUGGAAACAAAGAAAAAUGCAUCUCAGAUUUGGCUCUCACUGCAUCAACCACAGGAAAAGACUUACUCAUUGUUAAGUCCCACAGUGACAAAUUCAACAUGAGCCUGACCAUCAGGAAUAAAAAGGACAGUGCCUACAACACCAGGGCCAUUGUUCAGGCCUCUCCAAAUGUCAUUUUUUCAGGAAUUGAGGGUAUUCAAAAAGACAGCUGUGAAUUCAAUCAGAAUAUCACAUGUAAAGUUGGCUAUCCUUUCCUGAAAAGAGGAGAAGAGAUAUCUUUCAAGAUACUAUUUCAAUUCAAUAUAUCCUAUCUUAUGGAAAAUGUGACUAUUCACAUAAGUGUAACAAGUGACAGUGAAGAACCUUUGGAGACCCUUUCUGACAAUGAAGUAGAUAUUUCCAUUCCAGUAAAAUAUGAAGCCGGACUCCAGUUUUCCAGCUCUGCAAGUGAAUAUCAUAUUUCAAUUACGGCCAAUGAUACAGUUCCUGACAUUAUUAAUUCUACCAGUGACAUUGGAAAUGAAAUCAAUGUUUUCUACUUGAUCCGAAAAAGUGGACAGAUCCCCAUACCAGACCUUACACUGAAUAUUUUAUUCCCCAAUUUAACAUCAGAUCAAUACCCUGUACUCUACCUAAUUGGAUGGUCAUCUUCAGAUAAUGUAAACUGCAGACCAACCAGCCUUCAAGAUCCCUUCAAAAUCAACUUUGGAAAUAAAAUAACACCAAAAUCUGGAGAACUCAAGCGAGGCACCAUUUCGAACUGUGAUACCUGCAAAUCUGCAACCAUUAAGUGUAAUCUGAUCCCUUCUGAUGUAAGUCAAGUAAAUGUUACAUUCGUCUUGUGGAAGUCAACAUUCAUAAAAACAACUUUUUCCAGUUUAAAUCUUACUAUAAAGGCAGAACUUCACAGUGAAAACUCCUCACUGGUGUUAAGUAGUGGUAAUCAGAAAAGAGAGCUGGCCAUUCAAAUCUCAAAAGAUCUUCUACCUGGCCGAGUGCCAUUAUGGGUGAUCCUUCUGAGUGCUUUCGCAGGACUCUUGUUAUUGAUGCUCCUUAUAUUAGCACUAUGGAAGAUUGGAUUCUUCAAAAGGCCACUAAAGAAGAAGAUGGAAAAAUGAAAUUCCAUGCCAGAGGGAACAAAUAGCAAUUGUUUAAUGAUCUGUCCUCAGGUUUGCUUCAAAUUUGUGACCAAAAAAGUCUAAAUGUAUUUAUCAUCAACAUGGUCACAUACUUUUGUUCCAUCAAGGAAUUAAUCACCCAGAAAAAAAAAGAACAGAUCAAGAAUGAUCCCAAAAGACAACAUAAAUUUUUAUUUGUAAGAUAUCAGGAAAUAUUUUUAAACAAUUACUCAUUUUUGCUGAGUAAUUGAAUUUAAGAUUACAAAGUAUCUUGAAUAGGAAGGACAACCUAUUCAAAUGUGCUUCAGGAAUGAAGGAAAAGAUGUCAAGCACAUGGAAACAUGUUUUGUUUUGCUUUUUUUUUUUCUCCAGAAAAAUACAAAUUAGACUUUCACUGACCCCAAUGGAAAUCUAGACUCUCAGAGUUUGAAAAUGCAUGUACCAGCCAGGAAAGGGCUUGUUUGUGAGGGUUACUUCCCAUCAUGCACAACUGAGCUCUAGGGAGAGGACAUUCUGUAACAUGGACUCAUGACACAGAGGAUACAAAAAGUAGAAUGAAGCAGGGUCAUACAGCAGGUAGCCUUUGGGUCAAUUUCUGUACAUGGAAAAAUGCAUUUCCCAGGGUGUCUAAUAAGCAAGAUCUAUCCAGCUGAAAUUCUAUCCCAAGCCAAGAAUGAAGAUAAAAGCACUACUAGAAAACAAGCACACUGAAUGGCUGGGUUUAUAAGCUUUUAAAGAGCACACUGAACUUGCAUUUUUGAGCUUUAAGAAUCAAUGUAAAACUCCAUGGUAGUGAAAAAAAAGCACUUAAAACAAUUUUAAUUAUAUGUGUACCUUUAAAAAUAUAAUGUGAUUUAUCCCCAGAGAAUGCCACAGUAUGAAGGGUAUGCUGAAAUGAGUUUCCAAAAAUGGGGUGAUUGGUAAAUGAUAAUGAAGUGCCUAUUGCACCUUUGUGAAUCAGCUUUGAGUUUUGAAGGACCCAGAAUUCCCGUUUUCUAAGGCACUGCAAAGAAGGAGUUUUCUUAGGUCCUUGGUACAGGGUUGGUCCAAACCAAAAACUAGGACAGGGUUUUUAUUUUAUUUUAUUUUAUUUUGUGUUUUUUAUUUUGUUUCUCAAGGAUUAUCUUUUCCAAUACAUUUUCUAUAUUCUGUAAAAGACAAAAUUCCAUUUCAGAAUAGGACUUGAACAAAAAUGAGUGUUUCCAGUGCAUGAAUUACAUAUAGAUAAAUAGCAAGUAAACAGAUCACUAGGAAUAUAUUUAAGGUAUUUUGUGUUUCAAAGGUGGCAACAAGAAGUCACUGCUCUGUGUUUAUCUUCUCUGCUUUUCAAGUCAUUUCCUUCCCUAAAGCAAAUAGAGUUAGUUAGAACACCAACUGCCGUGAACAGUCCAUUUAUUUCCUGUGACAGUAACAUCAACUGAAUGAAUGUACAGUAGGUAUAUCAGUCAAUAAACAUUUAUUAAGUGUCUACUGUAUGCCAGGCACUGCACUAAGGGCUGAAAAUUCAAAGAAAGACAAAAGAUAGCCUCAGCUAUCGAGGAGCUCACAGUCUAAUAAGGGAAACAACAUGAAAACAGCUAUGUACAAAAAGAUACAUACAAGAAAUAUGGGAGAGAAUCAAUAGAGGAAAGGCACCAAUAUUAAGCAGGAUCUGGAGAGGUUUCUAACAGAAAAUGGGAUUUUAGCUGGGUCUUGAAAGAAGCCAGAAAGUGGGGAUGAGAAAGGGGAGUAUUCCAAGCAUGGAAAAAUGCUUAGAGUCUGGAGAUGGAAUGUCAUGUGCAAGAACAGCAAGGAAUACAUUGUCAAUGGACCACAGAGGAGGUGGGGAGGAGAGAGAACUGUGGUGUAAAAAAGACUGGAAAGGUAGGAGAGACCAGAUUGUGAAGGUCUUUGAAUGUCAAUGAUGAUUCUGUAUUUUAUUCUGGAGAUGGUAUUUAUUGAAUAGGGAGAUGACAUGGUCAGAGCUUCCCUUUAUGUAUGAACUACUGCUGUAAAGUAUAUUCAGACUUUAAAACUGCUUUCUAGUUGUUACCAUAUCCCAUCCAGUAUGAUUUACUGUAGUUAAAAACUCAAUUGACUAGAACCUAAUACCUAAAGAAGAGCUUCAGUUAACCAGAAUUUUUCUAUGGUCAUUUUCCAGGCAAAAAUAAAGCAAAUAAGAAGGAAAUAACCCAAAAGGAGAUAUUUCUUAAAAUCCCAAGUUCAGGAUGUUUAAAUUCAAAGUCAACCCAGUUUCCUACCCUUUCCAUACCUAUACCUAUACUAUGAUUGAUGGUAAGAUUAAUCAUGUCCUCCCAUCUCUCUUUCUACACCCCUUAUAUGCUUAUAGACCCCUUUUCACUCCUGCUACCCAUAGACAUAGUACCUUCCUCAUGCCUGUUAAUUGCUCCUAAACCUCCACCUUGUCAUUCCCUUCAUGUGCCAUACUUUUGCUGCAAAAUUACCACUUCCUUUUGAUAUCCUUUGCUUAUUAAAAUUCAUGUUACCACAGUGUUCUGAUCUCUGCUAGUUCUUGGGCAGAUGUCAAACUGACUGAGUUAAUUAACCUCUCAGUCUCACUUUCCUCAAUUAUAAAAUGAGAUGGUUGGAUUAGAAGAUUUCUAAGGUCUCUGUCUAGCUCUGUAUUUAUGAUCCUAAUUCACACUAAGGUGAUGUUUUGACUCUCUCAUAGGGUAUUUGUGUUUUGAAAGAGAGUGCUUACUGAUCCAAAGGCAGUGUCAAUAGUAGAAUUUCAGAUAAUGUGAAAAAUAGUAAGAGAAGUAUUUAGGAUCUAGGCAACUUCCUGGCACUGCCUCAAGUCAUACAAAAAAUGUGCUUACCUGCUUUUUCUACCCAGAAGUCCAACCCCAUUUUCAACCAAAGAGGUGGAAACAAAAAGUAAUAUGAAUGCAUUCAUAAGAACUUCUAUUUCAUUAAAACUUUAUUACAUGUGAGAUAGGACUAGAGAACAGUCCUAUGAUUUCAUUAGGAGAGAGAAUUCCCAGGUAAGGAAAUUCCCUUUACCAACAUAGGGCAGCAGGCAGCACCUCUAUUGAAAGUUCAAGUCUUAAGAGAGUUGCUUAGAACAUCAAGACUUGAAGUGUCUUGCCAAGCAUAUAUGUGUGUGUGUAUAUGUAUAUAUAUACACACACAUAAAUCAUAUAGAUAUACCUAUACAUGCGUAUGUAUACACAUAUGCACACAUAUGUAUCAUGUGUUUACAUAUAUUCAGAGGUGCAACAGAAACCCAGGUCUUCUUGGCUUCGAGGCCAGCACUAUCCACUGUUAAGACAAAUGAACAAGAUCAAUUAAGAAUGAAAUUUUCAUAUUUAAACACACAAAAGGUAAAUUUUAAAAAAGUUUUCUCUGCUCAAUUUACACAUGAUCACAAACUCCAUUAGUCCUUUAAUUUGCCUUACCAUAUAGCCAUUACAUGAACAACAUUAAUUCAUUGAUUAUACUUUGAAGUAAGUAUGGCUAAAAAUUGAGUGACAGAGAAACAGCAAAAGUAGAUUCCUAAAAUGAUUUCCAUAUACUCUGUUUAGCCAAACAUUAUGUAUGUGUAUAUGUAUGUAUGUAUGUAUGUAUGUAUGAGAGAUGUGUAUAUAUGUGUGUAUGUGUAUAUUAUAUAUACAUGUGUGUAUAUACAUACAUAUAUGCAUUUAGCCAAAGGAGUAAGCAUAUUAAAAAUUCUGUGGGCAGAUUAGCUAACAAAUUAUUUUAAAAUGUUGCUAGAGUUUUUAUUCAAUUCAUUGCCUUGUUCCAUUUGUGAUUUGCUUUUCAGUUCCUUCCUUGUACCAUAAAUUUUAAAGACACUUAAAAUUUAAUUGUAUUGCACAAUGCUGAUAAUAUUGUGUAUGGGGGACAUGUUACCAGAAUGAAGAACCAACUGAAGUUCCAUAGCCCCCAGGUUAUGACCUUAACUUUGUAUUCCUAAAAUUUCUGAAUUUAACAAGAAAAGGAAGAGACUGAAAAUAUAUCUGUGUGAUGUGACACAGUUCAAUAAAAUCAUAGACUUCUAGAGUCUACGUGGCUUCAGAGCCAUAACUAGCCAUUUGGGUGCCCUGCACAAGUGUCAUGAAACAGACGAUAAGAAAUGCAAGCUCUCUUGGAAAACCAACAACAGGUAUGGAAGGAUCUCACCUGGGGUGAAAAAAAAAUGCCAUGAAAAGUAUCUAUUAGGUCUUGACUAUAUAUUAAGCACUGAAGAUACAAAAAGAAAAGCAAGAUACCCCUCUCUCAAGGAACUCACAUUCUAAUAGGGGUGGGCACACAUUUAGGAAUUUUUUAGCUGCAAGUCAGAUGGUAACUUCUUAUUCUGACUAUUUUUCUUAACUAGGCGAUAUGCUUGUGUGUUUUUUCCCCUAUCUAUUGAUGGACUACUACAAAUGCCCUCUAUUCCCUAUAAAUUUUAGUGUGCAGGGACAAAGUCCAGCCUCCUUACCCUAGUUAUUGUUCUAAUAGCUACUAAGAAGAAAACCUGUUUGCCUGACAUAUUCAGAUGUCUCAAGAUUUGUCCAUUAUUUGAGAAGGGACAUCCUUUUCCCCUACUUCUUUCUCAGUGUCCAAAAUGAUCAGACAAUUUCAUUCGGGGGAGUAGUUUCAUAGAAAAUACCACCUCCAAAUAUUCAGAAUUGCUCUGGCUGUGAAUGAAGCAGAAUGAUGCAGGAGAUGCAAAGGAUUUUUUAAAAAAUUCUAUACUUGAGCUUGAGGAGGAAAAGAGAGGAAUAGAACCAUCCUUUGCCUAAAUUUAGGUUUAGGCUUAGGUGAAAAAAAAAGAUGUUUGCUUAGAAAUGGGGAAAAAAAUGACCAGGUUGUGAUUUAGUGAAUUUGAGGUGGUAGCAAAAGUCUUGAGCAGCCCAGCUUACAGUAUCCACUCCCAAAUAUUUCUGAGGUCCACAAACCAUUUAUAGGACUGCUUCAGAAAGAUUCUUCACAGAGUUCUGUCUUGUACCAGCCAGGUUCUUUGUCCUUUCUUUGUCUAAUACACUGUAAUCUGCUGCAUUUGAAUUUCAUGUGCAAAUUUAGCCAGUUAAUAAACUAGUAUUGACCAGACAGCAGAUCUAAUCUGUAUAUCUUCAUGAUUUUAAAAUAUGCUCUGAAAUAUGCACACUGUUGGGGAUGUGGGGGGAGGAGAGGACCGGAAGGGCUUAUUCUGACAUAGAUGUUUUUAUAGUAUUUUAUACAUUGUCCUCAUAUUUGUAAGUGUUCCUCAUACUAUACCCUCCCCAGCACACUUCUCUUUUGUCCCUUUCCCUCCACACCCCACCCCUCAAAGAGGUUUUCAAAAAAGACUUGUGUUAUAAUAAAUCUAGGUCUAUUGAAUUUCAA